UUCUCUGGAGAGGAAUCGGUUAGGCGCCGGUAUUCCUACUUCAGCUGCGCGCUGUGUUUUAGUGCGCUUCCUCAGCCUUCGUGUUGGAUGGCCAGUUUUUCCUUUGUGCGUCAUCCUUUACCUGAGAAAUGGUCGCUUGCCCCUAGACUAGACACGCACUAAAGGGCAGUAUUUAAAGUCAGUUUGCAAGCAGUGGAGUAAGACUUUUGUAAAGAAACCUUGUGCAGCAUGGACUCUCUACCAGAAGAAUUUUUUGUGAGGCAUCCCCAUGUGGAGGAUCAGAGGAAGGAAGAAACUGAGAAUAAACCAGAAAAAUCAUCAUCUGUUCAACUGGACAAACAGGAAAAGAAUGUUCCUACUGAUCUUGUUCCUGUUAACCUACUAUUAGAAGUGAAGAAGUUAUUAAGUGCAAUUAAUACUCUACCAAAAGGUGUGGUUCCUCACAUUAAGAAGUUCUUACAAGAAGAUUUUUCCUUCCAAACUAUGCAGAGAGAAGUUGCAGCUAACAGCCAGAAUGGUGAGGAAAUUGUCCCUGCUUUGACUUUACGUUUCUUGAUAACACAACUGGAAGCAGCACUCAGGAACAUUCAAGCUACUAAUUAUACUGCACACCAGAUUAAUAUUGGUUAUUAUUUGACGUUACUGUUUUUAUAUGGAGUAGCACUCACUGAAAGAGGAAAGAAAGAGGAUUAUACAGAAGCUGAGAAUAAAUUUCUGGUGAUGAAGAUGGUGAUCCAAGAGAAUGAAAUUUGUGAAAACUUUAUGCCUUUAGUUUAUUUUGGACGUGGUUUACUGCGAUGUGCUCAGAAGAGAUAUAAUGGGGGACUGCUAGAAUUUCAUAAGGGCUUACAAGAAAUUGGAGAUAUAAAUGACCAUUGGUUUGACAUAGAUCCUACAGAAGAUGAAGAUUUACCUACAACUUUUAAAGAUCUUCUUAAUAAUUUUAUCAAGACAACUGAAAGUAAUAUAAUGAAGCAGACCAUUUGUAGUUACCUAGAUUGUGAACGAUCUUGUGAAGCUGACAUUGUGAAGAACACCAGUUAUAAGGGAUUUUUUCAGUUAAUGUGCAGUAAAAAUUGCUGUGUUUAUUUCCACAAAAUUUGCUGGAAAAGGUUCAAGAAUUUAAAAUAUCCAGGUGAAAAUGAUCAGAGUUUUAUUGCGAAGAAAUGUUUGAAGGAAGGAUGUACAGGUGACAUGGCAAGGAUGCUGCAAUGUGAUGUACCUGGAAUUGUUAAAAUUUUGUUUGAAGUUGUGAGAAAGGAUGAAUAUAUAACCAUUGAAAAUUUAGGAGCAAGUUAUAAAAACUUGGUAUCUCUGAAAAUAGCUGAUACUGAUAUAAGACCGAAGAUCAGUUUAAAAUUUAAUGCAAAAGAUGAAAUGCCUAUCUUCAAGCUUGAUUAUAAUUAUUUCUAUCAUCUGCUUCAUAUAAUUAUUAUUUCUGGUACUGACAUUGUUCGGCAAAUAUUUGAUGAGGCUAUGCCACCCCCUCUUUUGAGAAAAGAGCUUCUUAUACACAAGAAUGUGCUGGAAUCUUACUACAACCAUCUCUGGACCAAUCAUCCUUUGGGUGGAUCAUGGCAUCUGCUUUAUCCUCCAAACAAGGAGUUACCACAAUCCAAACAGUUUGACUUAUGCCUCCUACUAGCUCUCAUAAAGCAUUUGAAUGUGUUCCCUGCACCCAAAAAAGGAUGGAAUAUGGAACCGCCAUCUUCUGACAUCUCUAAAUCUGCAGACAUCCUGAGACUGUGCAAAUACAGGGAUAUCCUCCUUAGUGAGAUUUUGAUGAAUGGUCUCACUGAGUCACAAUUCAAUUCAAUUUGGAAAAAAGUUUCAGAUAUUCUUCUGCGCCUUGGGAUGAAGCAAGAAGAUAUUGAUAAAGUGAAGGAGAAUCCCAUUGAGAAUAUCUCCCUUGAUUACCAUCAGCUGUCCAUCUACCUAGGCAUACCCGUACCAGAAAUCAUACAGAGGAUGUUAUCCUGCUAUCAACAAGGAAUUGCUCUACAGUCAAUAACGGGCAGUCAGUGUAUUGAAAUAGAAGAGUUACAGAACGAGGAAGAAGAACUAAGUCCACCUAUCAUGGAAUACAAUAUAAAUGUGAAAUCAAGCCCUGAAAUACAGUUUGCAGAAAUUAAUAAAGAUGGGGCCUCAAUACCCAGUGAAUCUUCAACAGAAUCUCUUAAAGAUCUCCAGGAAGUUAAGAGUAAACAAAGGAAAAAGAAAAAGACUAAGAAUAAAAAGAAUACAGACUCAAAAGAGCAAGUCCCAUAUGUGGUAGAAAAGGAAGAACAGUUGAAGAAAGAACAAGCAAAUCCACACUCAGUCAGUAGAUUUAUAAAAGAUGAUGCAAGUGAUGUUCAAGAGGAUUCUGCAACGGAAGAUAAGUUUUAUAGCCUGGAUGAAUUGCAUAUUCUGGACAUGAUAGAGCAGGGCUCAGCUGGCAAAGUAACUACAGACUAUGGAGAAACUGAAAAGGAAAGGCUUGCUCGUCAAAGGCAGCUUUAUAAAUUGCACUAUCAGUGUGAAGAUUUCAAAAGACAGUUGAGAACAGUGACUUUUCGGUGGCAAGAAAGCCAAAUGCAGAUUAAAAAGAAAGACAAAAUUAUUUCAUCUCUUAAUCAACAAGUGGCUUUUGGAAUCAAUAAGGUUUCCAAAUUACAGCGUCAAAUCCAUACUAAAGAUAAUGAAAUCAAGAACCUUAAAGAGCAACUUUCCAUGAAAAGAUCUCAGUGGGAAAUGGAAAAGCAUAAUCUGGAAAGCACAAUGAAAACAUACGUGAGCAAACUGAAUGCAGAAACUAGCAGAGCUUUAACAGCCGAGGUGUAUUUCUUACAGUGUCGUAGGGAUUUUGGUUUGCUUCAUCUGGAGCAGACUGAAAAGGAAUGUCUCAAUCAACUUGCCAGGGUGACUCACAUGGCAGCAAGCAACCUAGAAUCACUUCAAUUAAAAGCUGCGGUAGACAGUUGGAAUGCCAUAGUGGCAGAUGUUAGAAACAAGAUUGCAUUCCUCAGGAUACAGUACAAUGAACAAAUAAACAAAGUAAAGCAAGGAUUUGCCUUGAGUACCUUGCCUCCAGUCCAGCUUCCUCCUCCACCACCCAGUCCGGAGAUACUGAUGCAGCAGUUCUUAGGAAGACCCCUUGUGAAAGAAUCUUUCUUUAGACCCAUACUUACUGUUCCUCAAAUGCCUGCAGUUUGCCCAGGAGUCAUCUCUGCAACUGGCCAACCUAGAGCUCCCCUGAUGACUGGCAUAGCCUGGACUCUGCCAGUGCCUGUAGGAGACGCUGUGCCCCCCAGUGCAGGUCUGGGGAGUGAUCCCUCCAUGAUGAAUUGGGAGAGAAUUACAGACAGGCUGAAAACUGCCUUUCCACAACAGACCAGAAAGGAACUUACAGAUUUUUUACGAAAACUGAAGGAUGCUCAUGGGAAGUCCUUGUCUGGACUGACAUUUGAUGAAAUUGUUUGCAAGAUUUCCCAGUUUAUUGACCCCAAAAAAUCUCAGAGUCAAGGAAAAUCAGUGUCAAAUGGUAAUUGUGUUUCACCUAGUCAUUCUCCAUCACAGCCUAAUGCUGCCCAGCCCCCAAAACCAGCCUGGCGGCCCCUCACUUCACAAAGUUCUGCCACAUGGGAAGGAGCCAAUAAGCCAGAUGAGGAAGAGGAGGAAGAAGAGCCUUGCGUGAUCUGUCAUGAGAAUCUGUCUCCAGAAAACCUUUCAGUUUUGCCUUGUGCUCACAAAUUCCAUGCUCAGUGCAUUAGACCAUGGUUGAUGCAACAGGGGACAUGUCCAACCUGCAGACUCCACGUUUUGCUACCAGAAGAAUUCCCUGGUCAUCCUAGCCGGCAGUUGCCCAAGAUCUGAUAUAAGGUGGGGGGUGCCUAUGCAGGGGAAGCUCAGUUUUCAGACUCCAAAAUUUAGGUCUGCCUUUUAUUAUGAGCUGCUUGUGUAAGUGGUGUAAAGCUGUGUGCUCUUCAAUAUAGUGUUAAAGAAGCCAGCUAAUCUUACCAAAACAGCAGCCAAAGAAGUCAGGACAAAUCUUCAGGACUUGUGAACUGAACUGAAGGGGCUUGAAGCAGAUGGGAUUUUAAUAGUUACACUAUAUUUGCUCUUAUCUUAGUAGGUUUUUUCUUAUAAUGGAAACAUGAUAACUGUUAGUAUAUUUCUUAGGAUGUUUCGAUGUUUUUUCUUGUCUUUUUAAAAUUCUUAUUUUACUCAUCCUUUAUUCUCCACUCAAGUAUUCUACACUAUAAUUUCCUGAAAUAAAUUUAAGCAAGAGGAAAAGGGAAAUAGUAAAGAAGUAGGAAAAUCACACAAAUUUGCAUUCCUUCUAACUUUUUUUUUUUUUUUUUUGAGACAGAGUUUUGCUCUUGUUGCCCAGGCUGGAGUACAAUGGCAGGAUCUUGGCUCACUGCAAC